UAAUAGAGGAAUAGCUCAGUGAUCCAGCGCUGAGGGGAUCUGAUUGAUCUGAUUGGUUCAGUAAUAGAAGCAGAAUGAGUGGAUCUCUGUCUCUGUCGGAGUGUGAUGUGAUCGGAUUUGAUCUGGAUCACACACUGUGUCGGUACCAGCUGAAGAACACCAGCAUGCUGAUCUAUGAAAGCUUUGCUCGGUACCUGGUGGAGAAUAAAGGUUAUGAUGAAGAUCUGCUGAAUGUUCCUCCAGAUAUGUGGGACCUCUGUUCUAAAGGUCUGGUGGUGGAUCUAGAGAAGGGGAACCUGCUGAAGCUCAGCCAUGAUGGAACCAUACUGAGAGCGACUCACGGGAGCCGAAAUCUGAGUGAGGAGGAGAUUAUCAAACAGUACGGUCCUAAACGAGAGUGGAAACAUUUCAACAACCUCAAUACAACGUUCAACAGAUCUGCUGAUUAUUAUUUCUGUGAUAAUUACUUUGAUCUUCCUGGAGUUCUGCUCUGCGCUCUAGUCGUGGAUCUGCUGCAGAAGCGAGGCAGUGAAGAUACAGCACAGUUUUGGACGGACAUUAUUGAAGCGAUGGAUUAUAACUACAGCCCGUCUGCUUUCAGAGAGGGCAGAGGGUGGUACUUUCCCAAUGUAAAGCGGGACCCUGGACGGUACCUGCAGAUUUGUCCUGAAGCAGUGCGGCGCUGGUUAAAAACUCUCAAAGAAAACAAUAAAAUCCUGCUUCUGAUCACCAGCUCUCAUUCAGACUACUGCAGCCUGGUGUGUGAGUUCGUACUGGGGAAGGAUUAUAAGGAUCUAUUUGAUGUGAUAGUUACUAAUGCACUAAAGCCAGGAUUCUUCUCUCUAAAACCCCAGCAGAGGCUCUUCAAAACCCUGAUGGGUGAUGUGGAGAGCUCUGAGGGUUUGGUGUGUUUAGAGAAACCUGGUUGGUUCUCUCAGGGUAACUGGAUUCAUCUGCGGCAGCUCAUCAGAUCUCUCACUAACAAACAGGAGCCAAAGAUGGUGUAUUUUGGGGACAGUAUGCGUUCAGACAUUUUUCCAGCUUGUAAGUUUGGUAAGUUGGAGACGGUGAUGAUAUUGGAGGAGAUGGAGGGAGAGGGCGUGGCCACCGAGAAUGACAAAAGCAUAACCUCCAACCAACACACCAAUCAGAGCCCUGCAGAGAAAAAGGCCAAAUGUGAGGAAGGGUGUAUCAGGAGCCCUUCAGCGGUAUCUCAGCAGUGGGGUUCAUAUUUUUUGGAUGUUCAGAGGGACGAGAGGGGAGAGGAACGACCCACACUGACCUGGUCCUGCAACUCUGUUCACCAGUACUGCACUAUAGCUGUACCCAGUAUAGAGUGUAUAACAGAACUUCCUUUGGAUUAUAAGUUUACGUCUUUCUCGGCGGACUCCAGUGUUGCUGGUUAUUACCCAUCACCCCCACAUUCACUGCUCAGGGGGGUGCAGUCCUGAAUAAGUGUGUAGGUUGAUCUGUGUGUCAUUUUGAAUACAUUUAAUUACAUUAUAAUAAUUAUUAUUAUUACACAUGUUUAUGUUUUGCUUUUAACUAAACAGACGUGAUUUUCAGUUUUUAGUCACAGAAUGUUUUCAGUAAUAAAGUCACUUUUACUUCAUCAUUCUUAUUUGGAAUUUAUGAC